CACUUCGAGGAACAAAAAAAACACCGAUACAUCAUCGUAACAUUGUUGUUCUCUGUGCCGUGCAGGAGUUUAGUCAACUAAAUAUCGCCCAGGAAAGUACGAUAAGUUGUAGAGUAACAUGCACGCUCUCGAUCCCGAAACGGCAAGAAUUGUUGGCUUACCGACGGGAAACGACGAACGGAAGGAGGAUGAAAUCGAACCGGCACUAAGAUUUGGCUUUCGGCUCGUCUGCUCGACGGCCCUGUAUCCGCUGGAGUAUGCCAAAACGCUCAUCCAGCUCGGUUACGAACCGAUCGCACCACGCCCCGGUAGGACGCUCUUUGGUGCGAAGCGUUUGAUGCUGCCGAACAUUUUCCAAUACGCUGCAUACAUCAAGAGCGUGGAUGGAUUUUUCGGAUGCUUCCGGGGGCUAAGCGCCCGACUGCUGGGCAAUGUGCUCAGCUCGUACUACAGCGAAAGGAUGGCCGUGGUGGUGAUUGGCAAGGCACCGAACCGUUUCGAUGACUUCGAUUGGUUCGAGGCGACGUACGAAGACGUCGAUGAGUACAUGGUCACGAAGGACGGCAAAGUCCAGACCCGGCCGGCUGGCCUGGUGCGCAAAGCGGUAACGCACGUUUGCGGCAUACUCAUCUCCCAUCCAUUCCACGUGGUGUCCAUCCGGAUGAUGGCCCAGUUCAUUGGCCGGGAGCACAUGUACGAUGGGUUGUUCGGUUCGAUCAGGGAAAUCUGGGCGCACGAAGGUAUUGGCGGAUUCUUUUCGGGGCUUAUUCCCCGCAUGGUUAUGGAAUUGUCCUGCAUGGCAUUAACCAGCUCGAUCACCUACCUGUUCGCCAAGUAUUCCGGGGCGAACAAAACAACCUGUGGCCACGUGAACACUAUCGCUCACUUUUCGGUUACAAGCGUUUUCUACCCGUACCAUGUCGUGUCGACCUGCAUGGCCGUCCAGGGAUCCAGAUUGAAGGCCGGUAACCCGCCCAUGAUGGAUCAUUACAUUAACUGGCGCGAUUGCUACGCCCGGCUGCUGCUGGAUAGGCAGCACAAGCGUGGAUCGUCGUUCUUCUUCCGAACGGUGGCCAGAGUAACUGGCAAGCAUAGCGAUUCAUUCGCUCCGUACCCGGAAUUGAAGUAAACACGCACGGAACAAGACACGCUGUGCUUGCUGUGCUUCACACGGACGGUAUGCACGACUUUCCUUUCACAUUAGAUAUCGUAGAUUUCGUACCCUAUUUCCCUAUUUGCCCUAUUUCCCCUGUUCAAAGGAUGCAGUUUAUAUGGACACUGGUUCAAAGAUUGUAGCUCCGUUGCUUGCAUUUUCCAUAUUGUUCAAUUUAAAUCUGCAUUUAGUUGUUGUGUUUUCAUCAAUUGGUUUCGACAAUCGUGCGCAAUAUGCAGCAUUUAUCGCCUCGGAAGCAAAAAAGUUAUGUUAACUAUAAAAUAAACAAACAAACCCUACCCGUUUGCAUUCACGAACCAAACACGAGACACUAUAGAAGUGAGCGAAUUUUCGUAGAGGCAAAUCUAUACUAAUUAAUACAUCCUGCAAACACACACAAACCAGUUUAAAACGUUGGAUACCUCUUCGAACAAGUCAGUAGUCAGUCAGUAAAGUGAUAAGUAAAUUUAACCACAGAAAAACA